CUGUUCUGUGAUUUAAUCUGUGGCAUUUGCUGCAGAAUUAAUGAAUUUAUUAUUUUAUUUAAAUUUUAAUAUUUACUUUUUUUAUUUAAAUGUAAGUAUAUUCUAAAGUAAAAGUCAGUACUACAGUUUACAGUAGAUUUUGCUAUUAAACAGAAUAUUAAUAUUUAUAAUAACAUAAUAUAAUAAUUUACUCUUUGGCUAAUAAACAAGUAUAAUGGAGGAUCAAUUUAAAAAAGAGUUUCCGAAGGGUGCUUUGUCUUUUUACGUAAAAAUAUAUUGCAGAAGAAAAGAUCAACUUGGAAAAAAGUGUAAAGUAGAAGAGGCAAUGAAAUCAUGGAUUUCACUUGACAAAUCUGAGAAAGAGUUUUUUGAAAAGAAAUACAAUGAAUAUCGAGACACUCAUAAGAAAAGGAUUGCUUUACACUUGAAAAAUGCUGAACCUUAUUUGCAACCAAAAGAAAACAUAGUUAACAGAAAUAGUGUACAUAGUGUUGAUACUAGCAAUAAAGAAAUUGAUGAAGAAAUAAAUGAAAAUGAAUUUAUGUCCUCAAAAAUAGAAGUGGAUGAUAAUGUAAAUGAAGUUUCUGCUACCAAAGAUGAAGAAAAUACAGAAUCAGUUUUUCAUUCCCCGAUUCCUAAUAUUACCUCACCUAUAAGAAAUACAACCUUACAUGUUCUAGAUUUUGAUACUAGCAAUAAAGAAAUUGAACUAGCAACAAAAAAUCAACAUGAAUUAAUGACCUCAAAAAUAGAAGUGAAUGAUACUGUAAAUGAAGAUUCUGAAAUCCAAGAUGAAGAAAAUAAAGAAUUAGUUAUUCAUUCUCCAAUUGCUAAUAUUAACUCGCCUAUAACAAAUCAACCAUCAGAAAAUGAAGUUCUAUUCAUACCAGAACCAAUUCCUCCAAAAGUCAUGACUUCAAAGGAUUUGUUUUUAAAAAUCAAAGAAAGAAGAAAUGGUACAGAGAUAUGGGAACAAUUAACCCAAAAAGAAAAGAGAUAUUACCGAAAUGCUGUGGCAUCAAUUAAAAAAAAUUACUUACAACAAUAUAAAAAUUAUUUAGAACACUUAUCAUCUGAGGAAUUGUUUAAACAUCACAGAAAAAUUAUUAAUUCUGCAGACAGUAAAUAUAUGUGAUCUGUUUUAAAGUGCCAAAAAGUUGGCUUAAUGGAUUAUUCAGAUGGUGAAGAUUAUUAUAAUUCAAACAAAAGCACUUUGUACUAUAUGUUACUUUAUUGAUUAAAUAUUAUUAAAAUUUAAGAA